AUGUUUGGCGGCAGCGGUGGCGGCGGUGGAGGAUCCUAUGGUGGUGACUGCGCGGAGGGCUAUGGGCUGGGCUACAACGGACGUCUGCAACACUACGCUGCACACUUCGCGCCCCACCAGACCUGGCACCAUCAUGCGGCCCAUCAUGACACAUACGUGCUGUGUUGCGAUUCCUUAUCUCUUGAGCUACUUAGCAACGUGAAUAUGGAGUUACCUUUGGCGGAACGGUUGUUCCAGAAUUUAGUUCAUCUCGCAGGUGGAGGCAGUGUUAGUGGUGUUGGCAGCGUCGGCGCUGUAGGCGGCGUGGGCAGUGUGGGCGGUGGACUAUAUGGACAAAACAUGGUGAUGGGCGGUUGGUGUGCGCCCUACGACGCGCUUCAGAGACCACCGGCUUACGAUGGUGCGGAGGCGUACGAGGAGGGCCGCGAGUGUGUCAACUGCGGCGCCAACAACACACCACUGUGGAGACGCGACGCCACCGGACAUUACUUGUGCAACGCCUGCGGUCUCUACCACAAGAUCAACGGCGUCAACCGGCCGCUGGUGAAGCCGAGCAAGCGGCUGUCUGCUGCGCGACGCCACGGGCAGUGCUGUACCAACUGCGGGUCUCGCAAUACGACAUUGUGGCGGCGAAACAAUGAUGGUGAACCAGUCUGCAACGCUUGCGGCCUUUACUAUAAGCUGCAUGGAAUCAAUCGACCACUGGCUAUGAGGAAAGACGGUAUUCAGACGCGAAAGAGGAAGCCGAAAAAAUCAGCGAGUGGAACGAAACCUGCUCACGAGGCACCCAAAAAGGACGGGCAGGGUUCACCAGGCAUUGACGACAGUAAAUCAAGUAUAUCAGAAGUACCGCUGCCGCUGACGGCCUCACUGUCCCCACAUACGCACGGGCACACAAGCAAGCAGGCAAACGGCGAGCAGAGCGGGCAAAGCGGGCAAGGUGUACAGGGUGUUCAGGGCGGGCAAUACGGGCUGGCUAGCACAGCGUUCUUGUCUUCACCGUCCUUGUUCAACAUCAAAAGCGAGCCGGCUGCGGCAUAUGACCCACCAGGUUAUCCGCCCACCGGCAACCCACCACACCACUACCACUCCCACCACCAUUAUUUACACGCGCUGCAGUACGGCUUGUCGAACGGUGAAGAGGAGGAAGGCAGUGGAUUUCUUCAUCAGCGCAAUGUCACCGCACACGCCAAACUUAUGGCCUCCACGUAG